CAGUCGUGCUCGCGCUGCUUUAACGCUUUGUCCUCGUUAUUUCAAGUGAGCGCUGAGGGAGAGAGGAGAGCGAGCUAGGUGUCUCGUGCGGAAUUGUUUUUUACUGGCAUAAGGCGCGCGCGAGGGGGACUUUGCAAAUUAAGCCGUGCUUUUAUUUGUAUAUAUUUUGUCCGAUUUACACUAGAAAAAAAAAAAAGAAAAAAAGAAGUGCCUGGAGAGAGAGGAGGGGGGAGGAAUAACCAAAACGCAACACGUAUCCGGUGGGAUCCCACUCCUGAGAGAGAGAAGCGGCAGGAGUUGGAGCGAAGGGUGCAAGGAAAGCGAGAGGGAAGAAGAAGAAGAGGGGGAAAGACUUGUCGUUUAGCGCGCAAGAAGGCGGUUUUUAAUUAAUAAAGAGGAAUAAUGAGGAACGUUUGGAUAAUUUUGACCCUCGGGCUGACCGUCUUCCUCUCCGGGGAAAGGAUAGCAGACGCAGCCAAGACUUCCUCUCAGGCUGAUGACUUGUACCUGGAUGACACAGGCUCAGGAGGCUACUACCCUGAAGAUGAUGAUGACUUUAACUCAGGGUCUGGCUCAGGUGGAGGUGAAGAAGUGAUGGAGGAAACAGUGACUGUCAGUAUGGUUUAUAUCGAGCCUAAUGCAGCAGAACCCACCCAGGACUCCACCAAAGAUUUCACCCCCAGGGUGGAGACAGCCACAGUCAGAGAAAAGGCCAGAGACAGCACACCCAGGAAACCAUUCAGAACAGAGGCACCAGUGCCAGUUACAGAGGACAUGCAGAGGAACCAGAUGACUAGUACGACUAGUGCCCCCGGCUCACCCCAGGAGGCCAUUGAAGUCCGCACUGAAAACCUCUUCCAGAGGACAGAGGUGUUGGCAGCUGUCAUUGCAGGCGGCGUGAUCGGCUUCCUGUUUGCCAUCUUCCUCAUCCUCCUCCUGGUCUACCGCAUGAGGAAGAAGGAUGAGGGCAGCUAUGAUCUGGGAGAGAGGAAACCCUCGGGCGCAGCCUAUCAGAAGGCCCCAACCAAGGAGUUUUAUGCAUAAAUCCCUCCCAUCAUCAGAUCGGCAGAAUCGCAAGUGACUGUCAAAAAGAAAAAAAACAGUCCACAACGACAGCAAACCUGUUCAAACCCCAACAAGAAACAACAAAACGUUCUUGAUUAAGGAAAAAUAGCAUAAAGGAAAGCUUUUGCAUAGAGUAUUGUAAUUAAGACCUUUUCUUUCUUCUUUUUAAAAAAAAUGAAAACCAAGCAUUUCUCAUUUUAUGGAAAUCUCAGUGUAUUUAAACAUUUUGUGUAUUAUUUCAAAAGGCUGAAAAAAAUAAAAAACAGGAUCUGUAAAGGCGAAGAAACUACUCGCAUCUGUCUUCUGUCAAAAGGAGCUGUUUCUAGUCGCUGACUACUUUUAAGUGUAGCAGUAUGUUAUUUGUAAAGGAAAAAAAUUUAAAAGUGGAAAUAAUUGAAUAUAAUUAUUCUGUAUCAAUCCUACUUUCAUUUUUUUCUUUUUAUUUUGUCCUAGCAUGUCUGUUGUUGAUCUCUAAAGGUGUAUUACAUUAAUUUAUCUUUUCUCUGAUGUUAAAAAAAAAUGCCUUUGUAGUUUUGAUGAAGCUCUUUGGUCUUCAUAUUAACGCUGUUAACGGUCAAUGUAAAUGUUCUCCCUUCAGGUUACAAUGUUUAUUAUUUGCUCUCACAUCAGUUUUUUAGUCAAACGUGAGCGUUUCAUUAUGUCUUGUUUAUUUGUUUGUUCUCUUCUCAGUGUAGCCUUUUUUCUCUUUUCGACAGCGUUUUAUUUACAUACCAGGAACAGGUCUUUAAAAGAUAAAAAUAAGCGUGUCAGGGCUCAAGGAAAAAUCACAAAUCUCGCAUCUGAUUUCUGUCUUCUUUUUCUAUUUAAACACAUUCACUUUCACAUUGGACAUUCACUGCUUUUGCUUCCCGUUGCUGUCCUGCAGCUUUGAGUGUACGUGGGGUGAAGUUCCUUCUCUGUGGCUUGUGGUGUUUUUGGCCCGUAGCCACCGCCUCCCUCCUCGAUGUGUCCCUUACGGUUUAGCGACUGCACCCAAACUCUGCUAGCACCCUAACAUCUCCUCCCCCUCGCACUGUUUACCCUAACCUCCCUCACUCCCACCUUCUUUUUAAUCAGAUUGGAGCACGGCCAGUUGAGUUGUCAACCCUCCCCUUCCUCCACUCACUCUCUUUCUCAGCUACAUGGAGCCACCCGUGUAGCUUGGUGUUAUUGUCCCCAUCCCAGUGUUGACGCUUUAGGCUCACAAAUCUGCUCACUGAAGGCCUGCUACUGAUUGGACACAAACACGCUAGGCCAGGGCCAAAUAACCACAUGCAGGGCACAUACCUCUGCAACAAUAGGGAGGGAGGAAUUGAUAAAUAAAGCUGCACGCAAAAUGUAAGUCCUGAAUUGUCUUUGACAAGACACUCACAUUGAGGGCUACUCAUGUUUUUUAGUGGUCAGUGCAGGUAUUUAAAAAAGUUGAGAGAUGAGGUCAUUUACCAGGUUUAAAACCUGCGUUUUACAGAAUAUAAGGCCGCAAAAUAGCCAUGUAGCUACAUCAAAUAAAGGUUACGCUCACAACAAAAACAAGUUAGUUUUUUUUUUAUGUUACGUCUACAUGAACUUGCUCUGAAGAGCCACACGUGUUUUGUGGACCAGGUUUGUGAAGUUGCCUUUUUAAGCUGUACAGUAACGUGAAGUAGAUAAGUAGAUGCUGUCACACCCACAUAAAGCUGUUCACCCCACUACAUCUCCAUCCCUCAUGUUCUUUCAAUCAGUCUGUGACCCUUUUGUUGUCCAUCGACUUCUCCCCGUCUCGUGUCAUAGCACCUAAGGUACUGAACUAUACUGAAAAACCCAAAGACUCACAGUAUUUCUACUCCCAUCAUCCUCUCAGACCCCCUCCACCAUGGCCACAUCAUGUUGUUUCCUCUUUUUCUUCACUCUUUUAGUUUUCUUUCUCUUUCUCUCUCUAUUAGAGACCUGACCUUUGAGUCCAAUUGCUUAUUAGUAUAUGAAAAGAUAUAUAAAUAUAUAUAAAUGUAUAUUCACAAAUGUUUUAAACCUUCAAAGUGCCUACCAUUUGGAAAUGUACUUGCUCAAGGCGAGCAUGUGGCGGGUGUGUAUACACAGGAGGGGUGUAAACGACUUGACUGGCAUUCUGUGAGCAUGGAUGACUGUAAUGGUAACUUUUUUUUAGUCUUACAAAAGCUGACAGUAUUGUACCUAUAAGUUGAAACAACACUACUGAAUAAACAUUGUGGCCUAAUACCCAA